AUGGCCUUGAACUGGGAAGUACCUCAGUUUUUUGACUCAGACAUGACUUGUAUCCAGCAGAAUCUAGAAGCAGAGCUAGUAGGAGACUUCCUUCAAUGUGUUAAUUCAGACUAUUCCAAUCCCCAUAACUUUCUCGAUCCCUGGUAUGACCCCUGUAAUCUUCUUAACCUCGAAAAUCCUGACUUUGAUCAUCUGCUUCCACCUUUUUCUCUCAAACCUGACAUGUUUCCAGUACAAGAUUUCGAACCUUACCCCCAACCGAAACGCCAAAAGUGCUCAAAAGAGUACUAUUGCCGGGAUCUUACACCCACUUUCUCUAAUGGGUUUGCUCCAAAUCCAUGUCCUAGGCCCGAGUUUUUUUCCGGGGCCUUUACUACUCCGGUGCUCAACUUUCAGCAUCCGGAGGUUGUUGAUGGCAAUACCAGAAAAACUAGUGUUGAAAAUGUGGGGAAGAAAGUGGAAGAAAGAAGUGUAUCGCCGCAGAGUAUCGCGGCAAGAGAUAGGAGGAGGAAAAUCACAGAGAAGACUCAAGAGCUAGGGAAGCUUGUUCCUGGAGGAAGCAAGAUGAACACAGCUGAGAUGCUCACUGCCGCUUACAACUAUGUCAAGUUCUUGCAGGCUCAGAUGGGGAUUCUCGAGUUCAUGGGGUCCUUUCAGGAAAUGAAGGCAGAUCAUACACCUACCAAGGAACUACAUGUCGUUGCAUCUCCUACUAUUCAAGAGAAGCUCUAUUUGGAGCACAAGUGCUUGGUCCCAAAGGAGUUCGUAGAGGUAUUAGCAAACCAUUUUGAUGCUGAAUCGAAGCCUUCACUCUCCCACAAGCUCAACCAGCUGCUCAAACCUAGCGGAUGA